AUGGGUUUAGCCACUGUUAUUGAGAACGAAGCUCAUUUCCAGACGGAAAUGGCCAAUGCUGGCACCAAACUGGUUGUAGUCGACUUCACAGCCACUUGGUGUCCGCCUUGCCAACGAAUUGCACCAUUCUUCGAGCAACUGCCAGCAAAGUUUCCUAGAGCUGUGUUCCUGAAGGUGGACGUGAGCAGAUGCGCCGACACUGCUACCGCUCAGGGCAUCAGCGCUAUGCCAACUUUUAUUUUCUACAGAAACCGAACAAAGAUUGACCAGCUACAGGGUGCUGACCCCACCAGCCUAGAAAAUAAAGUUAGACAAUACUAUGGCACUGAUGAAUCUGGAGAUGAUGAUAACGCUGUUGCUGGACAUAUGGAUCUGGCAACAUUUAUCACUAAGAGUGAGUGUGAGUGCCUGAAUGAAGCUGAUAACCAUCCAAUGGCACACUGUCUGACUAGUGCAGGAGGGUACCUUGCCAGUGAUUGUGAUGAGCAGCUCAUCAUCAAUAUAAGCUUCAACCAGUUGGUAAAGCUACAUUCCUUAAAAAUUAAAGGUCCCAGUGACAAGGGACCUAAGAAUGUUAAGAUCUUCAUCAACCAGCCACGUACACUCGAUUUUGAUCAAGCCUCAGGAAAUAUGUCGGUUCAGGAUCUUGAGUUUACUCCUAGUGAUUUAGAAGGCAACCCAGUGCCUCUGAAGUUUGUGAAGUUCCAGAGUGUUCAAAAUAUUCAGCUGUUUAUAAAGGACAACCAGUCUGGUGGAGAUGUUACACAAAUUGACCACUUGGCAUUCUAUGGAUCUCCCAUCUCCACCACAAACAUGGGAGAGUUCAAACGGGUGGCAGGCAAAAAGGGAGAAAGCCACUAG